AUGCUUGACCACAAUGAGGAUGCAGUCAUCAAAGGCGCUCUGUUUGCAAUUACCACCAUUUACAGUGUUGAAAAUCCUGAUUGGAUCACAGCUGUGAUCAAUGCUGGGGCUAUUCCCAGGUUGAUGUUGUUGCUGGAUUCUCCUCAUGCAGUUGUAACCGUGAAAGCUUCCUACACUGUCGUCAAUAUUGGAACAGAGGAACCAGAGAUCAGAGAUAAGCUAAUCGAACAAGGCCUUAUUAAGAAGUUGCUUAAUUUGAUCAAAGCUAACAUUUCAGUUAAAUUAUUGCGAAUGGUCACUUCAACUUUGGGCAGCUUGAGUGCCCACCUUAUCAACAACAACGACGAGGAGAUCCUAUCCGGCGCUUGCUGGGCUCUGUUUUGGCUUACUGAUGACCCCAACAAGCGAAUGCAAGAAGUUGUCAACGCCGGAGUCAUCCCCAGGCUCGCCUCUUUGCUUAACCACAAUGAAAAGGACGUCAUUGACCCCACUCUGAAGAUAAUCGGCAAAAUCGUCAAAGGCAGUGAUACUCCGUCCUGGCUGCUGGUGCCUGGCCGUUGCUGUCCAAAUGGCAAUGCCGAUGAGAUCGAUUUGAAGUUCAGUGCCAUCGCUUCUCUCUGCACUUUGUUGAAGGACAAGGAACCCGAGACUAUCGAGGUCGUGUUGGAUGGCUUGGCUCUGAUUUUGGAGGCAGCCGUGAAAAUGGAGGAACUGGAAAGUUUCGCUUCACGCGAAAAAGUUUGGUGGCUUUGA